GCGCGGGAGCCGGGAGCCGAGCCGGCCGGAAAGUCGCCGGAGCGCCGCGCCCCCCGCCCGCCCGGGCUCGGAGCCCCGCGUCGCGGUCCUGGCGGGGCCGGUGCAGCCGGCGGGGGCCCAGGCCCUGCGCGGCGGCGGGCGGACCCGGCGCGCGGUCGCCUGAGCGCCCCCAUGGCCCGCGGCGCGGCGGCCUGCACCGGCGACGCACGGCUGCCGCUCGGCCGGGACGCGCUGCGGCCGGCGCCCGCGCUGCUGGGCCCCGCCGUGCUGCUGGGCGCCGCGAUCGGCGUGGGCCUCGGCCUCUGGCUCGGCUGCCGCGCCGGCCGCCAGCGCCUGCGGCUCCAGAAAGACGAUGCUCAAAGUCUGCUCAAGAAUUUGGAGGCUAACGUACAGACCCCCUCGGAAACUGGCUCCCCGUCAAGGAGGAGGAAGAGAGAAGCGCAGACGUCGAGGGACGAGGACGUUCUGGACGAGUGUGAUUCUCCUUCCAACAGCAACGUUGCUGCAUUUGCGCUGAGGGCAAAGGUCGUCUACCCCAUCAACCAGAAGUUCCGGCCUCUGGCCGACGGGUCCUCCAACCCGUCUCUGCAUGAGAACUUAAAGCAAGCCGUCCUGCCGCACCAGCCGGUGGAGGCCUCCCCUUCCAGCAGCCUGGGGAGCCUGAGCCAGGCCGAGAAGGACGACUGCAGCUCCUCCUCCAGCAUCCACUCGGCCACCAGCGACAACAGGUUUCUCAGCCGCACCUUCCUCCGCGUGAACACCUUCCCGGAGGUGCUGGCCUCUGAGAGUGCAGACAUCGACCUAUGCGUCUACCACCUUCACCUGAAAGAUCUGCUGCGUUUGGACACAGCGCUGAGACGGGAAAAGCACAUGAUGUUUAUUCAGAUUUUUAAAAUGUGCCUCCUUGACCUUCUUCCUAAAAAGAAGUCUGAUGAUGAAUUAUACCAGAAGAUUCUUUCAAAACAAGAAAACGAUUUGGAGGAGUUAGAAAAGGGACUUCAGGUCAAGCUGUCAAACACGGAGAUGUUGGGUGCUGGUGACUCAGAAUACCUCACCCUGGCAGACGAGGAAAGGAAGGAGAGAGAGUGUUCGGAGCAGCUGAUGGAUAAUAUGGAAGCUUUCUGGAAACAGAUGGAAAACAUCCAGCACUGUCUUGUGGACCAAUUUAAGUGUUCCAGCUCCAAAGCCCGACAGCUCACGAUGACGCUCAUGGAAAGAAUGACCACAGCGGAAGGGCUGCUGCACGGCUCCCAGGAUCUGCAGGCGCUGGAUACCCUGGAGAGGACGAUGGGGCGGGCGCACAUGGCAAAAGCGAUCGAGUCCCUGCGGCUGCAGAUCCAGGAGGAGACCAGGUGCCGCCUGGCCGCCAUUUCCCGCGGCCUGGAGCAGCUGGCGGAGGGCAGGCUGUCCGCGCGGCAGAAGGAGGAGCUGCUGACCCAGCAGCACAAGGCCUUCUGGCAGGAGGCAGAGCGCUUCAGCAGGGAGUUUGUCCAGCGAGGCAAAGACCUGGUCCAGGCAUCUCUGGCUCACCGGGCAGAGGGGACGGCAAAGCUCAUGCUGGCCCAAAAGGAGGAACAGAGAAGCCUUCUGGCUGAGGCCCGGCUGACUGCUGACCCGGAGAAGUUCCUCAAGGCUUUCCACGAGGUCCUGGAGAGGCAGAGACUGACUCUGUGGGACCUGGAGUUGGAGGAGGACCUCAGGACCACGGAAACCCUGGCUGCGCUCUGCCAGGAACUGUACUGCAGCACCGUAGACACUUUCCAGAAGUUUGCGGACGUCCUGUUCCUUGAGAGGCUCCCGGGCGUGACUGGCCUCCCCCGGGCGGAGUGUGACUGCUUGAGACAGGAGGUGCGGGAGGACGCCGCCCGGCAGCUGGGGAAGUCGGACCGUUUCCGGAGGCAGCAGUGGCAACUCUUCCAGGAGCUCCUGCAGCGAGAGCAGCAGGUGUGGAUGGAGGAGUGUGCUCUGUCCGCUGUGUUGCAGACACACCUGCGUGAAGACCACGAGAGCACUGUGCGCGGAGUCUUGGGCCGACUUGGCGGCCUCACUGAAGAGUCCACGCGGUGCAUCCUGCAGGGCCACGACCUGCGGCUGCGCUCGGCCCUCCGGAGGCUGGAUCUCCGCGGCAGCUCCCUGGCCGCCCUGGCGCAGAUGAGGCUGUCGGGGAAGAAGCGGCUGCUCCGGGAGCUGCGCGAGCAGCGUGCGCUGGAGCAGGCGUCCUCCCCGUGCCCGGACGAACACCUGUGGCAGCUGCUCAAAGCCCUGGAGGCCCGUGUCCUGGAGGAGACUGGCAGGCUGGAGGAGGAGGCCCAGCAGACUCGGCUGCAGCUCCAGCAGCAGCUCCUGGCUGAGGCCCAGGAGGUCGGGCAGCGGCUGCAGCAGCACACGGAGCGCGCCAUUGGUCAGGCACUGCUGGGGUACGCACGCAACGCGGCCACCAAGAGCCGGGCCAAGGACAGGGAUGACUUCAAGAGGACGCUGGUGGAGGCGGCCGUGGAGAGCGUCUACGUGACCAGCGCUGGCGUCAGCCACCUCGUGCAGGCGUAUGACCAGCGAAUCGGGAAGAUCGUGCAGGACCACGGGGAGAGAAAACUGCAGCACCUGAAGGCCCUGCAGGGUGAGAGGGUGGAAAAUUACAAGCUACGGAAAAAGCAAGAGCACGGCGGUCCUUCGUCCGGGAGCAGACUGGCAGGCGGAACUCUCGGGGCCUCCCAGGCUGUCCACCAGAGGAUGCUGUCGCAGCAGAAGCGCUUCCUGGCCCGGUUCCCUGUGCACCAGCAGGUGCGCCUGGACUCCCGGAAGCAGCAGGCGAGAGCUAUGGACCUUCUGGAAGCCCAGCUGGAGACCCAGCUGCAGGAAGCCGAACAGAACUUCAUCUCUGAGCUGGUGGCCCUGGCCUGCGUGCCCCUUGCUGAGAGCAAACUGCUCCCCAGUAAGCGCGGGCUGCCAGUCACAGAAUGCCUGGGAUCAUCUGUCUUCUCAGAGAAGCCCCUGAGGACCACAAGGAAGAAGCCCCCGUGCAGGGAGAGAGCCGACCCCGGGGUGCCCAAUGAUGAGGAUCCUGCCUGCGGGGACCACACCUCAGGAUCGCUCAGCAGCAAAAGGCUGAGUCAGCAGGAAAGCGACAUUGGUGACGGUGAGAGCUCAAAGAAGAUGCUCAAGAGAAGGAUCAAUCUGUAGAUUCAGACCAGUGCGGGGACUGAACCUGAAGCCCCGGCCCUGGGUGUGCUGUGGAUGCCGCCUCCUGUCCCGCAGCCUGAGAGACGCGAGGAGGGAGGGCGCGUGGGGUCCCCCCUCGGCCUCACAGCCCGACGUGACGGGGAUGAGCCAGGAUGCUGAAAGGCACGAUGGGCACGGCAGGCCCCGUGGCCUGAGAACGGCGGGAGCCCGGCAUCGGAGAUGCGGGUCUGCGGGUCUGCAUGUCGUUUGGCCUUGAGCACCGGCUCAGGUCCUCACGGAUCUCACUCUUCCCCAGAGGUUCCCCCUUCCUUGGCUCUCCUGGUCCCCGUACCCCAGCCCCCGCCCUGGGUCCUGAUGCCACCGAGCCUGCCUUCCCUGAGCGUAAGGUGGUCCCACUACAGCCCCCGGGCCCUCUGUCCCCAGCCUCUCCGCGAAUAGCAGGCAGGGGGUCUCCCGCGGUGCUGGUGUCUUCUCAUCUGGGGCCUUUGUUGCUGCCCCCUCCAGCGCCCCCUCCUCUCCCUCCCAUGUCCCCUGGCCGUUGGCGGCCGCAGCGUCUCCUCGGGACUAAUUCUCGGCUUUGUAUUUUGCUGCCUGUUGGUGUAGCUGGCAGCUGAGGCCUGGUCACCGUGGGGGCGUCUGGUUCUCAGGCCCAACGACCCUGGCGAGGGACUCCCUGGCCCGGAGGCCUGUCCUGGCCCACCUGGGGGCUGAGGACGCACAGAUACAUGAUGGUUCCGCAGCAGUGUGGUCUCUGGGAGGCACUCAGAGGACGUGGAGGGAGCCCUUGCCCAGCCCGCGGUGACACCCGGUGGAGGUGAGUCCUUCGACUGGGCAGCAGCUCCUCCCUGGAGGAGUGACGUCCCUGGGGGCACCUGCUCCUCCCGAUGAUGAGAACAUCCAGAAGCUUCCAGACAGCCACACAUAAACCACAGCCAGGAGAGGCCCUCCCCACCCGGAGAGAAAAUUACUCUUUUCAUUGAAAUCAGGGAUUCUCCACUCCAGCACUGUGGACGCUUUGGGUGCGGUAAUUCUUUGUCUGAGGGAAGGCCCUGUCCUGUGCUUCACAGGACAUUUAGCAGCAUCCCUGGCCUCCACCCAUGCCACCACCGGUCAUGACAACCAGAAAUGUCUCCAGCCAUUGCCCAGUGUCCCUCGGGGUCGUCACCUGCUGAUCAGAGUCAAAGUCUGCCCUGCUCAAUCCAGGAUGUGACAGCUGAUAUGUCCACUAAUUCCCAGAACAUAAUGGGCCCCACGGCUUUUCUGGGCCGUUUGUGAUUUUUCAUCUCUUAAAACCUGAGUUAGACCCUUUCAGUGGAGAAAGAGUGGCUCCUUCCCGGAAAAAGUGACGGAAACCCACCACCGGGGCAGGGCGUCCUUCCUUCCUGACGGGCGGAGGUGCCAUUUCCAAAGUCGGCCAACAGCGCCCUCUUGUGGCUCAGUAAAAUGUUUCGUUUGUGGAGUCUUGUAA